UGCUCCACAGUUUGUCUCAGCAGGACCAGGGGACAGGCCGGAGUGGGCAGCGCCAUUGAGCAGGUUGUUUGGAACUGGCCCAAACGUGUGCUCAGCUGACAGUGCUCACUCGUGUCCAGAAGGUGGCUAACGGGAUGAGGCCGGCCGGCCACGUGGCGGAUUACGAGCAGCGAGAAGAAGGUAAAGAGAUUAGACCCGAAACGGAAUCUGCUGUUUUAACCUCAUCACUGUUGCCGCUCUGACGGGAAGCGGCCUGAACUCGAGCCUGGAUUCCGAGCGUGCCCCACCCCAUCUCUCCUCUUUCCCCCCUUUCGUUGCCUCUGCUCGUCCAUCCAUGCGGCCGCAUCUCCCGUCCACCGGGAUCCGACCGCGGCACCCAGAAACGUAGACAACAACUUGAACGGCACUAAUGAGGACACUUAUACACACUCUGCAAGAGAAGACAACCUGGAGAUCUACCCCCUCGGAAAUUAACCCACCAUGCUUUUCAAAUUGGGACUAUUCUUCUUCAUUUGGUGUCUGCUUGGCCUCCAAGCAAGUCAAUUUCAAGACAUCCAGGAUCAUGGUAUUUCCGGACUCAGGGAUGUGAGGUACCGGCACUUUUUAGAAGCCUCUAGAACAACUAAAUACAACAGUCACAAAGUAAGAGCCAGCGAGGAUGGACAUCGGAGGAAGAGGUCGACCAUUCUCAUGACCGGUGUCAAAGUAUGCCCCCAGGAGUCCGUGAAAGCUGUCAUCGACAGCCAUCGAGCGUACUACAAGCUCCGAGUUUGUCAGGAAGCCAUUUGGGAGGCCUUUCGUAUCUUCUUGGACAGAGUACCAAAGACAGAGGAGUACCGAUCGUGGGUUUACACCUGCCAACAUGAAAACCUCUGUAUGGACGACCUGGCUCAGAAUUUCAGUAGUUCUCAGGAGCAUCUGGACAUGGUGGCCCGAAGAGUGGCCGAGCAGGCUGAACUUGAAGGUGUGGUAAUGGAAACACCAGAACCGGGAGUGGAAUGUACCUGGACCCCAGCGGUUAUGCUCAGUCCAACAGAAGAUGAUAUGAUAAAAGAGGAGCCAAACUUGAUAAAAGACAACUACGGGGAGUACAUUGUGGAGUUCAAUGCCACCAUUGUGGAGCCAUCAUACAUCGAGCUGAUGCAUGACCCCCAGGCAGCUGAUGCUGAUGACAUCACUGGAGAAAUAACCGAAAAGAUGCUUCAUGCGCUUAAAAAAAUUCCAGGAUUCAAAGAAAUUCGCAUGUUGGGAUUCAGCUCAGAGGAUGUGAUUGUGCACUAUGCUGCGGUCUUUGAUGGAGACACUGAGCUCAGUGAUGACCCAGAGACUCCAGACGGGCAGACGAAUAUGAAUGUCCCUAAACUGAGGCACAUGAUAGUGAAAGCUUUCCAAAAAGAGCCAUCGCUUCUGCUGGACAUCCAGAAUCUAACCUUUCAAGCUGUAACAACAGCUUACCCAGAUGCAGAGCUCAGCAUGUACACCACUGGGAGCGGGGAUGUCAUCAAGGUCAUGGAAGAGGACAGCACCUUAAAGUUCUUCCCCACAGUAGCAGCAACCGAAAAUACCUUUGAAAGUACCAAAAUCCAACCUCAAGUACACACCGCUGUGCCUUCCGAACUGACCGCCCUCCCAGAAUCCACCUCUGCACCCACAGCCCUCAAUGAGGCGCCAGUGGCAGCAGCAGUGGAGGAGGCGUCUGCAGGUGAUCCUUCAGGGGAGAUGAGUGAUGUACCCACUCCAACUCCAGCACCAGAAGCUAUCCUAGAGCAGGAACAAGAGGUGGCGGUGAAGGACACAGGUCCAUUGGAAAUUAACAGUGGAGAAUCUGAAGGGGCAGACACAGGAGAGAAUGAUUACUUAACCUCGUCACCACCAGACUCCCAUUCUGAAAUAGUGAUCAUUGAUGAAGCUCACCUCUCUGGCACAGAAUCUGCAUUGCUGUUUCAUGAGGAUGCAAUUAUAGGCAUGGAACCAGAGCUCGACAUGCAGCCUAUAUCGUCACCUGCAGACAAAGGCGAUUCUCCCAUAGAAGUCACAAAUGAAUUAUCAAGCAUUGCCUCCACCAACGCCCCAACCGAAGUCUCCAGUGGAGCCAACAGCAACUCUCCCAAUGAAGUUUCUAUUGAAGUACUCAGCAAAAUCCUUAAUGAAGCCCCCAGCGAGGCCUCCAACAAAGUUUCUAAUGAAGUCUUUAGUGAAACUCCCAGCGACAUCCCUACCAAGAGCUCCAGUAAAGACCCUAGUGAUGUUCCUAGUGUUGUCCCCAACAAGGUCUCCAGUGAAGCCCCGAGUGAAGCCUUCAUCAAGCUCCCCAGCAUAGUCCAUGACAAAGUCUCCACUGAAGUACCCAGUGAAUCCCCCAUGGAAGUCCCCAGUGCAGUCCCUAGCAAUGUGCCCAACAAGGUCUCCAGUGAAGCUCCUAGUGAUCUCAGCACCAAGGUCCCCAGUGAAGCCUCCGGCGAGACCCCUAGGGAGGUUCACGACAAAGUCUCCAUUGAAGCCCCCGAUGAAGUAAUUAGUGAAGCUCCAGGUGAUGUCUCCACAGAAUCCUCCAGGGAAGCCCCCAGCAUUGUCCCCAGUGCAGCCUCCAUUGAAGUCCCCAGUGAAGGCCCCAGUGAAUCCUCCAGCAAUGUGCCCACUGAAGUCUUCAGCGAGGCCCACAGCGGGCCCCAAGUCGAAGUCUCCAACAAUGUCGCCACGGUAGAUCCCAUCAUUACCCACAACAAAGCUACCAGUGAAGCUCCCAGCAAGGACCACAGUAAAGCCACCAACGCAGUGUCCAGUGAAGCCCCCAAUAUUGUCCCCACUGAACUUCCUAGUGAAGUCUCUAGCAAAGUCUCAAGUGAAGGUCCCAUCGAGGUCCACAUCCAAGUCUCCAACCCAGUCCCAACAGAAACCCCCAGCAUUGUCUCCAGUGAAGCCACCAGUGAAGUAUCCAGUGAGAGCCCUGGGGAAUCCCCCAGCCCAGGCCCCAGUGAAGGAGAAGGAGCUGAUUCUACUGGAGGACACAACGGUGUCACCCCAGCCUUGGCGGACCUUCCUUCAGAAAACUCCAACAUCCAAGACGAUGUGGAGCCGAAACAGGGUGGGACAGAACUGACUGAGCCUCUGGAGAUGGAAAGCAGUAGUGUUAUAUACCCUUCAGAGGCUGACGAGCGUUCCACAGCUGCCCCAGCCUCAAAACAAGCCAGCACUCCCAUAAUGGCUGCGGUGCAGCAGAGCAGAGAGUUGGUGGUUUUCUUUAGCUUGAGGGUGACAAACAUGAUGUUUUCUGAUGACCUGUUCAACAAGACCUCCCCAGAAUAUAGAUCACUGGAGAAUACCUUUCUUGAGCUGACUCAACAUUCUGGGCCUAGAAAGCUGCCAAAUCCUGGAGCAUCCAGUAAAUCUGGGCCUAGGAGACAGACGACUUUAGCCUCCAUACCGCUUUUACCUUACCUUGAGUCCAAUCUGACCGGAUUCAAACAGCUUAAAAUCCUCAACUUCCGUAACGGCAGCGUGGUGGUUAACAGCAGGCUGAAGCUGGACAAGGAGGUGCCGUACAACGUGACUGAGGCGGUGCACUGCGUGCUCGAAGACUUCUGUAGCGCCGCGUCCAAGCGGCUCGACAUCGAGAUUGAUAGCCGCUCCCUGGAGAUAGAACAAGCUGACGAAGCAGACCCGUGCAAGUUUCUGGCCUGUAAUGAGUUUUCACGCUGUGUGGAGAACAGUUGGAACAACGAGGCUGAGUGUCUAUGUGAGCCGGGCUACAGCGCUGUGGAUGGCCUUCCGUGUCAGAGCGCAUGCGACCUGCAGCCAGACUACUGCCUUAAUGGAGGCCUGUGUGAAAUCAUUCCAGGCCAUGGAGCCACAUGCAGAUGCCCUGUAGGAAAAUACUGGCACUACCAUGGAGAGCGCUGCAGCGAGCUGGUGUCGGUACCACUCGACCCGUCGCUAAUUAUAACCUGCCUCGUGGGGAGCCUCUGCCUCGUUUGCGCCAUCAUCGGCAUUCUGGUGUUCAUUAACAAGAAGUGCACAGCGACGAGGAAGGCGGUGACUUUGGUGCACGGCGUUGCUCCCUAUGCAUUUGAAAAUACUUUGAGGGUGAACCCAGUAUAUGAGAGUGACGAUGGCAUCUUAAGCCAAGUGUCCACAUUGCCGUGUCCCUCCAGUUCGGCCUCACCCCACUCUCACCAGUCUGAGCAGGAAGUGUAUGCCUCAGUUGAAAACAUACAUCUCAGUAUUGAGAUCCCCAGACAACUCUACACCACAAGAUCCGAAAAGUUAGUGUCGGAGCUGGUGGACUUCCAUCAAUGCAUCCCGCACAAUGAGACGUGGCGACUGCCAGAUGAAUACAGAGCAUGUUUUCUUCUGUGGACAUCAGACAGCGAAGGCGAUGAGGCCACCGUGGUGUGAUGGCGUCCUGGGGCCGCAGUUGCCACAGCAACAAACCGAGCGAAGGAUCUAUGCUUAACUGUAUCUUGCCACGCCCCCUACUCCCCGAAGCCCUCGUAGAGUGUUAGGUCAUGAAUUGUUCAUAGUGACGAAUGUGUCGUGCUAGACAGAGCGCUAUGGAUAUUCCAAUGUGUGCGGAGUGAUGUUGUUUUCAUGAGGAAUCGAAUAUUUAUUACACAUAAUGAAUGGUAGGAAAAUUUCCUGUACGGCAGUUCUUUCCUCACAAUGAGGUAUUUAUUAUUUACAAAGUGGCACACUUGGUGGUAUCUCCCUUUAGACAUUCAUUUUAUACGCCAUUGUCGCAUCCCAAAAAUAAGUGAAUAAAUGUAUUAGCUGAUAAAAUCUUCAAAAAAUGGUUUAGGAGUUGUAAAAGAUCUUUAAAGCUUCUCUGAGUCUGAUCAUUCAUCUUUGAGGAUUUAGGCUUUUUGUACACAUUUUAAUCUUAAAAUAAAGAAUGAAAUGUUUUUGCAAUAA